GCGGGAUGGUUGCUUCCGGGGUUUCUAGUUGGAGAGUAUAUUAACGUGCCUGCAAAGCCGGGGUCGAGAGCUUCCCAGACUCGCUCAUCCCAAGCUCUCUUCGAAUAAAUCACGUUCAUUGUAUAGAGACCAUUCCAAUGGUGUCCUACUCCGGCAAGAAAGCUAUUAUAAUCGGUGGCAGCCACGGCAUUGGCCUGUCGACUGCCCAGCUCCUUGUCGACCGCGGAGCUCAGGUUCUCGUCACCGGCCGCAGUCCCGACCCCAUUUGCACGGCCCAGGAGCAACUCGGACAUCAGGCUCACGUCGUGGCCUGCGACAUAUCCUCCGUGACCGCCAUCGCUGAUCUGAUCCCCGUGGCAGAUACCUUCUUCGGUCCCGGAGCCCGGGUGGAUCUGAUCUUCAUCAACGCCGGGUAUGCGGCGCUGGAGCCCUUCCACACGGUGACGGAGGACUCCUUCCGACGAACCUUCGACACCAACGUCUUUGGGGCCUUCUUUGCCGCGCAAAAGCUGGCGCCUCUUGUGAAAGACGGCGGCGCCCUGGUCUUCACCACCUCCGUGGCCAACCAGGUGGGCAUCCCCGGCAUGGCCACCUACGCGGCCGCAAAAGCCGCCGUGCAAUCGCUGGUGCAGACGUUGGCGGCCGAGCUGACGGGACACGGCGUUCGCGUCAACGCCGUGUCCCCCGGGUUCGUGCGCACGCCGACCAUGGGCGUGGCCAGCGCGUCCGCCGACGAUCGCGCGGCUUUCGAGGGCGAGGGCGUCCAGGCGACGCCGCUGGGACGUAUCGGGGACCCCGAGGAAAUUGCCCGCGCCGUUCUCUUCUUGGGCUUCGAUGCCACGUUCACGACGGGCUCGCAGGUGGUGCUGGAUGGAGGUUUGGCGUCGCUGCAGGUGCACUGAUGGGGGACAGAAGUUGUAAAUAGCAAUGGAUGAUAGUUCAUUCCAUUCGCCUUGGGCGUGGUUUUGCG